AUGUGGCCCGCCUUGCUCACCCCCUUCCUCCUAUUCUCUGCUUUUCUGCUCUUGCUUUUUGUUUCACUCUCGGUCCCGAUCAUCAAGACCCUCUGGUUCUUUGGGGUCACUGCGAACGUCUCAAGCAGUUUGCUCAACUCCGGAGCCAGCGCCGACGUCCAUUUCGGUCUAUGGGGAUACUGCGUUUCUGCUGUCGACGUAUCCGUUGUGGGUUUCUCGACAAGCGGAACUGCUGCUCAGUGCUCGCAGACAAAACUAGGCUAUACCUUCGACAGCACUUUGUCGUCACUCCUCGGUAUUGAUGGGCUGGAAGAUACCAUAUCUCACGCAUUGACUGCUGUGCUCGUACUGCACCCUAUCGCCUGCGGCCUCGUCUUUUUUGCGUUGCUGCCCGCGUUAUUCAUGUGCAUUCGCCCCCGGGAAGGUCGCGGCGCACUAAUCUCCAUGGUGACCAUGGUGCUCACCCUGCUCGCCACACUCCUCACGCUCAUCAUCUUCAUCGUCGAUUGCGUCUUGGUCUCUGUCGUGCACGGCAAAAUCAAAGACGCCACCGAUGGAGCCCUCACCGUCCAGUGGGGUGACGCAGUGUGGAUGGUUCUCGGAGCUCUCAUCGCUCUUCUACUAGCAGUCUUUGGAGCCUGCGCCGGUAUGUGCGCCUGCUGUGGAUCUCGCCGAGGUCGAUUCGGUUCCUCCAAACAGGUCGAAACCGCUCGCUACUAGCACUAGCACUAAGCAAAAGACGACAUGAACCCGGCACACUGAUUCCAGAAUGGGGGUCACCGGGUCGGAUGAACCGUAUGACGCGACGCGCUCGCCUAGAAUCUGAGCGAUACGAACUAUCUUCGGACCGAUAUUGAAUCUCCUUCUACACCUAUAAUUUCUCCUGUUCACGAUACUAGAUACCCCGUACGUUCGUCUGUCUUCCUGACGCUAGUGUUGUCGAUGAUGCAUGACAGCGGCCGUGGAUACCUGUCGUGGCUCGGGCUGAUUCGGGCGACGAGACUGACCUUCUGGCGACCGUUUGAUGCGGACGUUGGUUGGUUGGGAAGCGGGCUGUCCUUCUUUAUCCCCCUGUACUAUAUGUAUAAGGCCUGUUUCGCUCUUUAUUGUACUUCCUGU